AUGAAACCAAUUGUAUUUCAUAAUUCGAUAUUUGUAGAGGAAAGUAUGAUCUUAACAUUGGAAUAAUUAGUACCCUUUAUUGACAACUUCAACAUUCAUUAAUUAGAAUACUUUUUGGUUCUGGCAAAUGAGACAAUUGAAAUUGAUCAAAAACUUACUGAUAAAUUGUAUGAAUAGAAUAAGCAUCUCUUGUAUUCAGAAUAAUCUGAUUUCAUUAAGUGUUUGUAAGUCCUGGCUUUAUUGACUGAAAAUCCUCUUGAAGAGCCACAAUUGGAAAACUUCAUUAAAAUGAUCUUUACAAUUCUUGAGAUUCCAGAUCUUGAGGCAUCCAUUCUUGCUUACUCUAUAUAUGUAUAUGGACUAAUCAUUAAACAAUACAAAAUCGAAUCAAAAGAAUUCUAUUAAUCAAUCACUAGGCAUUUAAAAAAUAUUGAUUUAGAUUAUCAGGAAAUCAUGGAAAAGGGUAAAAAGGAUUCUUAAUUAAUUAAUUUUACUUAACAAGACCUCAAACUACUAUCCUUAGGAUUGCAUUUUGGUGGAUGCUAAAACUCUGUUCUUGGAAAAUAUAUUUCAUUAAAAGCACAAAGUAUUUUUGUUGAAAUCUCGAAUCUCAUUUUUAUAUCUAAAUUUUUGUUUAAAUAAGAAUAGGUUGAGCAAGAAUUCUUGACUUACUUUAAACAAUAACUUGAGAAGUCCAAGAAUAAGAUUUAACCAGAUGACUUGAUGCAAUUGGCCAUUGCUGUCAAACAGAUGAAAUAGCCAGAUUAACAGAUAUUAGAAUUCAUUGUUAAAGAAUUCUUGAGGACGAAAAGCAAUUUUACAGUAGGGGACAAAGCAUUCUUAUACCAAAAGAUGGCAUAAAUGCUUUGUACAUCUAAGGAAUUAUGGACUCAAUUUGCAUCGGAAGUGAAAGAAAUUACAGAUAAAUGUGAGUGGUUUGAUGCGUGCUUUAUGUUUUAUGGCAUUUUUGAUGUUUUCGAAGCUUUGUCACCAGAAUGUCAAGAAUUCAUAUUCAACUAUAUCAUUGGGCAUGAGAAAGUGAUCGAUAGUGAAAUGAAGAAAUUGCUAUUCACAAAGUUGAAAGAGAAGGGGAUCCUUACCGAACAAGAUAUUGAGGAAUCAAAAAAGUAAAAUUGA